GCGGUAUCGACGUCAACCAUCUAUACCGCAAGAUAUAAAUAUGUAGAAACAGUUCUGAGACCUGCUUCGCACAUGCCACACGAUGCACACUCCUUCCAUGAUCGAUGCAACAGGACCGUCUACGAAGAGGAGCAGUCUAAUGCUAGGCGUUCUACGAAAGGGUUUCAAUCGUACAUCAUUCACUCCAUCAUGUCAGGUCGGACUCCCAAGAGAUCUUCUACAGCAAAUAAUAGAGGAGCUCGAUGAAGAAUCUGUCCGCCAGUGUGCCCUAGCAGCUCGAUGUUUUCUCGUUCCUGCGCGUAGGAGACUUUUCACCACCAUAAGCCUCUGUGAGGAGGAAUACCCCAAGAACUUCUUCACUGGUCGGUGGCAUAGGGUACGAGUAGGCAUGCAGAGGCACCUGCCAUCCUUGGUAGGCCCUUCCCGAACCCGCCGGUUUGCCGAACUACUCGAGGCGACACCCGAUCUAGAAGAGUGUACGCAGGAGCUAAUAAUCGAGGGUCUGAAACUCGUCGAUGGUCGGCGGUCGUGGUAUAACGAAAAAGACGCCCCGUUGCACAGAAUUCUUCCUCGACUUCCCAAUCUUACGAAAAUAUCUCUGGUCUUCCAUCACAAUUUUCCUCUUCAAUUCCACUCGUUACCGACCUCGUCCUCUGAAGCCCUGAUAAGAGCAGUCCAGUCUCCGAAAUUGCGCAAAAUUGUCCUGGAAAAUGUCAGGUUUUCGGAUGUAGACGACCUCAUUCGUUUUUUGAAACAUUGCUCGAGCGGUGGUGGCUUGACGGAGCUUUCAGUCACUUCGUUCUACUAUUCUCGACCAACAGAAGAGGAAGAGCGGGCACAAGUGCCUGUUUCAACCUGGGCCCCCGGCGUUCCGAACGUCUUGGCCUCUCUUCAGCUCAACGGACACUCAAUAGAUGUGGAAAAGAUACUUGGAUGGAUGCGGAGCCACGACUCGUAUGUUCACCUCGACGAACUAGAAUCUCUCGAGGUGGUAUCCCCCAUGAGUCCAGAAUGCCUCACUCAUAUCACGGAGAUUAUCCACUCCGCCCGGGUUCCUUCGCAACUUCGUCAUCUUGGACUUACAAGUUCCACCGAGUCUCUACGUUCUCUGUCGAUUUCAUGCCCACUCGCUCAGACUUUCCUACCCUCCAAAAAUAACCUCCGCACCAUAGAUUUCUAUCCUAUCAGCCGCAACUAUGACCACCUUUUUACCCUUCCUGCUGAAUCGGUGGAUUGGUGGUGCGGCUUCUUGAAGACCUUUGAGCUCCCCAACUUGAUGGAGUUUCGGGUCAGCCGUCGCGGGACGCAUGCGCACUAUAUGAUCUGUAGCGGGCUUGGGUUGUUUGGAGAUCCAGUUGAGAACACGACUCAGUGGCAGAAGCUUGAAUUACAGUUGACAAAGUCCGCGCCAAAGGCGACCUUGUACAUCGACAUCAGAUCGCGUGGGUACCUCCGCGCGAGUAAAUGGAAACGGCUGUAUUUUCCUGAUGACAGCUCAAGGGCCGGAUAUACGAAUUUUGAGGUGUUUUUUCCGUUGGCACACCAAGGACGAAUCCCGCUCGUAAUCGAUUUGAAGGUGAAUACGAAGGCCAUUAAUAGACGACAACGACUACGGGAAAACUCACAAUUACCGAAAGCUUUUAUCAAACACAGAGGGCACUUUAUGUAUACACCAGAAACACGGUGGGAUGUUUUGGAAGACUUCAUGUGGUCGGACUGGCAUGAAAAUGUCAACGCGAGCAGAACUGAAUUUGAGUAUGUAUUUUUAUUACUGUUUUAGGGCUACAGAUUGCAAUUUAUAUUUCACAAAGCAAUUGGAUAUCGUUUAAACAUUAA